AUGAACAGCUAUAACAAUACAACAUGUUUUUCGACUACACACCAUCACGUAAAUCAAGAAUCAUCCUAUACACCUAUCACAGAUGAUCAAAUAGAAUACGGUUCGUUCGAACACGGUACAUUUCAAUCAAUUUGCACAGGCGUUAAUUGUACAUUUAAUCAGAUGUACAAUCAUUGUUUUGAACAUUGCCCAUUUGAAUCUGCUCAUAUCACUGAUAGUCCUGAACAACGUGAUGAUGAUAACUGUAAUUCAAUUGAAUCAACUCACUGUACAUUUAAUUCGACACACACUGACUAUGUUACACAUGAUUCAUUUACACCUAUUCAUACGACUGAUAUUGAUCUACAAUGUAUUGAGGUAGAACGUAAUUGA